GACCCAAGUGACCCCUUACCCAGCUGUCUGCAGAGACCCCCCGGUGCUGCGGGGCUGUAGGACACCUGGGUUGAUAUAAAGCUUUGGCUACCAGAGUCCUGCACUGCUGAAACGCAGCUUUUCCCCUCCUUUCUCCCUGUGGGAUGACCCUUGGAGCAGAGGCACCCACAGAGCAUGGGGCCGGACCUGGGCUGGCUCCCGGGGGGCCCGGGAGCACUCUGCCCCACACAGCCCCGAACAGCCACAAUUUGCCAUGUCCUCUGCCCGAGCAAGCAGUUAUUUCUAGCGCUGGGUUACACCCUGCCCCUGUCUGUCCUGGGGAACCCCACCGGGAGGUGGUGAGGGGUGCUGCCUCGUGAUGCAGGAGCCUGACACUUACCCCGCUGCAUGACGCGCAGCCUUUUCCUGUGCCUCAGUUUCCCCAAGCAUGGAAAGGCGCUUCUGGCAGCGUGAUGGUGAGCACUGGUUGUUUCCCUCCUCCCUGUGCAAACAGCCCUGUGCUGGAGGAAGCAGCUGCAGCUGCCUGCACAUGGGAAGCAUCCGGCCCUUCCUCGCAGCCUCACGGGACUAGGGCUCUGUAUUUACUUCUUCUCCUUCCCCUCCACUGCUGGACUGAGUCACGGCUGCUGCAUCGCGCAGCCCAUUUGGCCGAGAGUCUCUUAAAGUGGAGGGAUUUGUCUGGCUCUGGGUGAGUGGCUCUCAGCAGCCGGCUGCUCCUGGCCACCAGCCCAAGGUCCCCAUGAGGGGAUGGCUUUUGGGGACAUCCCCAGCUGGGUGCUGAGCUGUGGGGAAGGUGCAUGAGGUGCUGGGGCAGGAGUGGGGACAGGGAUGCUCUGUGGAGGCACCUGGAGCAAGAUCAGGCACUGGGAAGAUGAUGCUGCAUCCCAGUGACAUGCCCGCAGUGGUGUGGCCCCUGGUUGUGCCCAUCUAGCUGGGCUGCUUUGUCUCUCCCUGGAGGCAAAAAUCCAAGGUCCAAUUAUGUGGCUAAUUAUGGGGAAAUGUUCGUUACCUUCUGUUCUGUUAAGCCUGUGACGCAGAGCGAUGCCAGAGAGGCGAGGUGCCUGCAACCCCCUGUUCCCCACAGGUUCCCUGCUCCUGCUCCAUGGACGAAAUUGCUGCCUGUGGGAGCUGGGGGUGCUGAGCAGCACCGUGUUUUCCAUCCAGGACGGGCUGCUGGCAGACAGACACCCUGCUGGCAGACAGAAAAACUGUUGAUCACCCGAAGUAUAAAUACACCCAGCCUGGCCUCAGCGUGCCGGCCCAGUGCUAUGCGAUGCUCCCUGAAGCGCUCCCUCACAGCUGCACUUGCAGCCUUCUUCCUCCUCCUCUUCCUCCUUCUCCUCCACGGGGGCAGCCGGCAGGAACACGAUCCCCUUGAGGAGGAGCUCAGGAACUUGGCCCCAGACACAGUCCUGCAGAUGCCACAGCCGGAGGGAGCCCCACACAUCCUCAGGGAUACAGAUGAUCUCGCUGCACUCCACAAUGUCUCCUACCACCUCCUCGCUGGCUCCCUGUCACCCCACAAAAAGUUCUUGGCAGUGGGAUUGGCGUCGGUGCGGCGGCCGCGUGGCUACUACCUCCUGGCCACGCUCCAGUCCCUCUUCAAGCAGUCGACGGAGGAGGAGCUGCAGGAGAUGGUGGUGGUGGUACACCUGGCCGACACGGACCACACAUGGAACAUGCACGUGGCCGCCAACAUCGCCCACAAGUUUGCUCACCACAUCCUCCUGGGCCGGCUCCUGCUUAUCCACGCUCCCCAUGAGUUUUACCCCACCCUGGAGGGCCUCAAGAGAAACUACAAUGACCCAGAGGAGAGGGUGAGGUUCAGGUCGAAGCAGAAUGUGGACUAUGCCUUCCUCCUCGCCUUUGCCGCCAACCUCUCCUCCUACUACUUGAUGAUCGAGGACGAUGUGUGGUGCGCCAAGUCCUUCCUGACGGCCAUCCGCAAGGCGCUGGCUUCCCAGGAAGGCUCCAACUGGGCGACCCUUGAGUUCUCCAAGCUGGGCUACAUCGGUAAGCUGUACCGCUCCAGUGACCUUCCUCGCCUGGCUCGCUUCCUCCUCCUCUUCUACCAAGAGAUGCCCUGCGACUGGCUGCUGGUCCACUUCCGCCUCCUGCUCACCCAGAAGGACGUCAUCCGCUUCAAGCCCUCCCUCUUCCAGCACAUGGGCCUCUACUCCUCCUUCCAGGGCACCGUCAAUCGGCUGGAGGACGAUGAGUUCGAGGCUGAUGCCUUGGACCUUCCAGACAACCCGCCAGCGGCUGUGUUCACCAGCAUGUCCGUCUUCGAGAACUACGAGCCCCUCAAGGCUUACAGCACUGCAGAGGGGUAUUUUUGGGGGAAAGACCCAGCAGCCGGCAGCAUCUUCUCUAUCGUCUUCCAGCAGCCGGCCCGUGUCACCCGUGUCCGGGUGCGCACAGGCUCUGACGAGCGCCGCGGUGACUUCCUGCACGCGGGGGUGCUGGAGCUGGGCCGCCAGCGGCAGGCCGACGGCCGGGACUGCUCCACCUACAUCACUGUGGGCACCUUCGAGAAGGGGACCUUUGAGCAACGGGGGCUGGAGAGAGGCAUGCCCGGCCCUGUGGAGUGCGUGAGGAUCCGGGUAACCCGGGACCAGAGCGAGUGGCUCAUCAUCCAGAGCAUCAACAUCUGGACCACGGCAGGCACCUGACCGGGGGUGUGAUGGGUUGCCAAAGCGGCUAAGAGGCUGUUCCUGGGAGGGGCCAGGGGAAGCAGUGGGGGUGCUGCUCACCAGACCCCUUGCCCUCCAGGAGCAGGGACCCAUCGCUGACGUUUCAGGGCUGAUCAGAGGGGCACCGGCCACCAGAUGGACCCAUCACACCGGCUCAGUCCCUGCAGGACAGCCACUCAUCUCUCAUCCAGCCACUGAGUUCAGACCCUUCAAACAGAUUUUUUUGCGACAGUUCCCAGGGAACACACCCUGUGUCCAUGAGGGACUCGCACUGAGAGGGAAGGACAGGGAAGAUGGGGUCUCUAAAAGGUGGGGGAGAAAGGUCCGAUGACUGACGACCAGGGAACAAGGACAGGCAAAGGAAAAGGUGAUCUUGGUGUAAUGUGAAGCUCUGGGUACUUUUUAGCCCGGUGAGGUGCUGACGGGCGACUGGGGUGCACACAGGCUCCAGGCAAGAAGCCCCCAAAAAGCUUCUGUUCGGGUUUGUCUGGCAGGAUCAGCUGGAGGGCUGGAUCCUGCUGGGCAGCUCGAUCAAAAGCUGUUGGCACUAGCACGCAAGGCGGUGACCGGCGCCGCUCCCAGUUAGGCUUUUAGCAACAAUUGCUCAGUUUUCUACAAACAAGGAGGAAUUCUGAUCUGCUCGGCCUUCCCGCGAGACGGCUCGGAGCAGUCUGUCGCUAACUGGUGCCAAGCAGGACUGCUCUGGUUUGCCAGUGUUUUAAGCCUGGCUCUCCUGGAGCAAGACAGUCACCCUCUGAGCACAGAGAAGGCACAAACCAGCGCCAGGGGACCCACCUGCAGUGCCGAAACACCCGAGUGCCGUAACCAUAGCUCAGUCUCAAGGUCCUGCAUCAGCUUGCCUGCUGGGCACUGGAAGGCAGCCUGGAGAGCAGCCACUCAGUGCUGGGAGACCCAGGC